AGAAGCGUAAGAAAAAGGAAAACUUCACUAACUUUAUUGGUUUUUAGUUAAUAAUGAUAAAGUUUGUUAAACAAAAGUAUCAUCAGCAAACUCAACAACAGCAACAAGAGUCUUCAUAUACAAAAUCAGCAAAAAGUUUCUUUAAGAAAAAGGGCGAAUCAAAUGACUCGGGUACUGAAUCUGAUGGCGACAUCUUAGAUGUGGAUAACAAACAUCAUCGUCAUAUAGACUUGGAUAUGGAAACUAGUUGUAGUUCCUGCACCGAUGCGAACUCUCCGACCGAUACAGUUUGUUCUUCAGAAUCUUCUGCGAUGAUGUGUAAAUCCCACCUUCAGUACGAUCAGCAUAGUUCCGAAGAAGAACUAGAGGUAAUAAACGGACCAUCAUCUGUAGCGGCCGCAGAAGCUGCUGCAGCUGCUGCGGCAGCCAGUAACGUAUUAGUUGUACGCGGCACAUCAUCGCUUAUAUCGGAGCGCGGGUCAUCGUCAUUGGAUCCUGAUGAGUUGCAUGGCGACGCAUCAGCUUUAAAACGUUCCAGUUCAACACUGGCCGAGAAUCGUAAACGUUCUUUAGCACAUAGUUCUGAUGAUGAUUUACGUAAUUCUUUGGAGCCGAUUUUGACGCCAGUUAACUUUCGCACAUCACCUCCAUUGGAGGCUUUCAAACCGAACCGUAGCCACAUGUAUCGCUCCACAACGCCACUCAUACUGCAAGAGGCACGUUGCGGCAUCGAAAAUAUAAAGUUAUGUGAUAAUAGUGUUAAUGAUGAAAAUGGCGCUAAUAAUGGCGAUUCUAGUUGUGCCAUGAUGGGCACUGACGACGACGAUAAUGUCGAAAAUCAAGCCGAGUCAGGUGGCUGUGCCAGCAGCAUUAUCAAAUUGAAGAUGAGCAAUUCUACUAGCAGCCAUCAUAUUUAUCAACCUCAAGCGAAACACAAUUUCCAUUUUAAUAGUUCACGCAGUAGUCCUGCCUCUACGACGGGUCUAGAUGUGGAGGUGCGCUCGGUAAGUCCACCGGCGAAACUCUUCCAUUGUGCAAUAUCGCCCAGGCGACGACCUAUGCGCACACAACACAAUUCACAGCGGCUGCAAAGGCCGCAUAGGCCAUGUUUAGAUUUUGAUAAAAUGCAGCAAGUUAGUUUGUAAUGUAGCGCCAAAUCAAAUCACAUCAAUAGCAACAGCAAAAACAACAACAACAACAACAACUAUAAUUAUAAUAAUAAUAAUAAUAAUAAUAAUAACAACA